ACGCUCAUCGUUGAAUUUUGGAUCCGUAAAAAGUUGAAGGAUUACGGUCAAAAUUCAAUUUUCCCCAAAUCGAUCGGCUAUAUGGCCUCCUCAGCGAACUACGUUCUUCUUUGAUUCUUGCUUAAUUGAGCUGGUAAGAAUCCCCUCUUCUUCCAUGUACAUUUCAAUAGAAACUCUGUAGUUGUUAUGUUUCUUCAUCGUCCUUGAUCAUUAAGUAAUUCCCAGGAUUUCGAUUUGUAAAUCGAUUUCCUGAUUAGAACUCCUAAAGAAGAUACAUUUCUAGGGUUUUCUUACAGCUUGAUCAUGUACGUGAUCUGGGUGCUCAUUCAGAAGAUUUGAGAUUAUUUCCGUAUUGAGGGUUUGAUUUGUUCGAACCUUUUCUAAAGCUUAUACAAAGUUCGGUAAUUUAGAGAUAAAAUGUCGUCAGCUGGUGUUAUUGCCAUCCGCCCACUUUGUGACGACUCCAUUUUGCCUUCGUUUCCUGUACAUAACGAAGAAUCGAUUCUGAUUCACUUAGCUAUGUCGGGUUCUGUGGUUCCAAUGAGGGUCUUGGAGUCAGAUUCAAUUGAAUCCGUGAAGCUUCGGAUUCAAGGCUAUAAGGGGUGUGUUGUGAAGAACCAGAAGUUGGUUUGUGGAGGCAGAGUAUUAUCCCGAAGUAAGUCUUUGGUUAGGGACUAUGGUGUUGGUCAUGGGAAUGUGGUUCAUUUGGUUGUCCAGCUUUCCGAUCUCAAAGUGAUCCAUGUGAGGACUUCAUGUGGUCAAGAUUUCACUUUCCAUGUCGAGAAGAAUCGUGAUAUUGGUUAUGUGAAAAAGCAGCUUGCAAAGGAAAAAAUUGACAUCGAUGAACAAGAAAUCUUGUGGGAGGGUAAGCAGCUCGAGGAUGAGAGACUUAUAAAUGAUAUCUGUAAAUAUAACAACGAUGCCGUGAUUCGUUUGUUUGUUAGGAAGUCUGCAAAGAUUCGAGCUACACCUGUACAGAAGAAUUUUGAUCUCACCAUUGUCGCACCACAGUCGAAUGAUUCAAGAGAAUAUGAUCUUGCUGUCAAACAACUUCAACAUGGAGCUAAUGGUAUAGAAUAUUAUGGGUCAGUUGCUAAAGAAGCUGCAAGUAGAAAUCUUUGGUUGGAACCAGUAAUUGUUAACCCAAAGGCUGCAUACCCUUGUGGCCUAUUAGACCUGGUUACCUCUACCAAUGAAGGUUUGAGGAAAGGGAAUUAUCCAAUAAGGUCUUCUGAGGGUACAGGGGGAGCAUAUUUUAUGAUGGAUGCAUCAGGGACUAAAUAUCUAUCUGUUUUUAAGCCGAUUGAUGAAGAGCCUAUGGCUGUAAAUAACCCCAGGGGUUUACCAUUGUCAGUGGAUGGUGAAGGGCUAAAGAAGGGGACAACUGUUGGUGAGGGUGCAUUGAGGGAGGUUGCUGCCUAUAUUUUAGAUCACCCAAAAGGCGGACAUAGGUCUUUCUCUGGUGAACACAAGGGAUUUGCUGGGGUCCCACCUACUCUGUUAGCUAUGUGCUUGCACGAAGGGUUUAACCAUCCAGAUGGUGUAAAGGAGAAGAUUGGGUCGCUGCAGAUGUUCAUGGAAAAUUGUGGAAGUUGUGAGGAUAUGGGUCCUAGUGCUUUUCCUGUAGAAGAGGUACAUAAGAUCUCUGUGUUGGAUAUUAGGAUGGCAAACGCAGAUAGGCAUGCUGGAAAUAUUUUGGUGAACAAAGAGGAAGAUGGUCGAUAUGUGUUGAUUCCUAUUGAUCAUGGAUACUGCCUGCCUGCCAGUUUUGAAGACUGCACAUUUGAUUGGCUCUACUGGCCUCAAGCUCGCCAACCAUUCAGUCCCGAAACUGUCAACUACAUCAAAUCACUGGAUGCUGAGGAAGACAUUGCUCUACUUAACUUUUACGGCUGGAAUUUACCCUCAGGAUGUGCACGCACUUUUCGAAUAUCCACCAUGCUACUCAAGAAAGGUGUGGAGAAAGGAUUCACCCCUUUUUCCAUUGGAAACAUCAUGUGUAGGGAAAACUUGAACAAGAAAUCCGUGAUUGAAGAAAUUGUCCAAGAAGCCGACGAUCUUGUUCUUCCUGGUUCAAGUGAGGCUGCAUUCAUUGAGACUGUUUCUCAGAUCAUGGAUCGCCGUCUGGGUUUAUUUGCCUAACAAAGGUCCAUAGAUGAUAAAAAUUAGUAUAUAACUUCAUUUCUUUUGUGUAUAAGACCUUAUGUGCAUAUGUUUUUGGUACAUAUGUAUAUAUGAGGGUGGAUAUGUCCCAAAAUCCUUCCAAGCAGUUAAAGAAUGAGGUUUUUAAGUUUAAAUAUGUUUAAACAUUUGAUUUGUCCCUUUAUUUGUUUUGUAUUUUGAUUUGUUGCUUUUGGAUUAAGUCUGAAUUUGAGUGGGGUUGAAGACAUUGUUGAAUUCUCGAAAAUAAUAUGUAUGUACCAAAUGCUCCUAAGAAGAACAAAGAACAUAACUUAUAGGAGAUGUUUUAGACUAGAAUCUUGUGGUUGUGUGUGUGUGUAUAUAUGUAUAUA